AUGCACCCCCUUCUCAUCGCUUUAGCAUCCUUCCCAUUGCUCAUUGUGGGCUAUCCGGAUCUUUUGUUUUCUCGUGAGGGCCCGAGAGAAGUCUACCAUCCGGACAUGGAGGCGCAUAGACCCGCUCUACACCCAAAUCACUUCACCUGGCAGCCGCCCGGUGAAUGCGAUGUACGCUCUCCUUGCCCAACUCUGAACACUCUGGCGAACCAUGGCUUCAUUCCGCACGACGGGCGCAACAUAACUCUCGAUGCCUUGACAAAAGCCUUCAAAGAUGCCUUGAACAUUGCCCCUUCACUCACGCAGGGAGCGUUCUCGCGCGCCGUACCCGUCAAUCCUAUGUUCAAUGCCAGCUUUCUCGACCUCGACAUGCUCCACGUACACAAUUUUAUUGAACACGAUGGUUCUCUUUCGCGGAAGGAUGCUGUUUUCGAUCGGACUAAUUCUUUUGACAACGGUACUUUCAACAACUUGCUGUCCUAUUUUGGAAACGACACCCAGAUAACGAUUGAGUCGAUGGCGAACGCAAGAGCCCGGCAUGCUCUCGAAAUGAGCAAAGACAAUGAUCUGUUCGCGAUCACAUGGAGUCAGGUUCCUGUCAUCUUGGGUGAGAAUGCUAUGAUGCUGCUGGUGUGGAACAAAGACACCGCGGGAACGCCGGAAGAUCCUGUCGCAAAUAGGGCGUACUACGAGUACUUUUUCAGGAAUCAAAGACUACCAGUCGAGCUUGGAUGGUCGCCAGUUGACACUGAAAUCACUGAAGAAGCAGCAGGAAAAAUUGUUGCAAAGUUGCAAAAGAUGAGCCCAGCGGGCGUUCCAUUGGCUUUCAAUCCUCGACUGGCUGUGCAGUCUGAAGAUUAG